AUGGAUGACUUCUUAUUGAAUGAGUUGGUACCAAAUGAUCCUCAGCUAACACAAUGUUACCAUAACCUCGGCAACAUUGCUGCAAUGACAGAAGAGUACGAUAAAGCUUUUUGUUAUUUAAGCAAAGCCCUCGAACUCGAUCUGAAAACGGUACCAAUCGACGAUUCCUCAACAGGAAUCACAUACAUGACCAUUGGUAAUGUAUAUCAACUAAAGGAAGAUUAUGAAAAUGCACUGAUAUAUUAUAGGAAAGCGCUCGAUCUCAAACUGAAACCCGUUGGCCAAAUAGAUUUAGAAACGACCACGAUUUAUAUGAAUAUUGGUAUCGCUUACUGGAGACUACGAAAUUAUGAUUCAGCAGUCGAGAAUUUAAAUGAAUGUUUACGUGUUCGAGCAACGAUUUAUCCCGAGGCACAUCCAGAUCUGGCCGAAACAUUGGUGAAUAUUGGGCUUGUAGAAAAAGCUAGAGGAGAAUAUGCUAACGCUUUGUCGUUGUACAACAAAGCACUUGAGAUUCAACUGACAUGUCUUCCUGAAAAUCAUCCUCAUCAAGCUGCAACAUACAUGAAUAUAGGCGCAGUGCAAGGUGAAUAUGACCAAAAUUAUGAAUCGGCAUUAGCAAGUUUCGAUCGUGCAUUGAAUAUAUUUAGAAUAUCUAUGCCACCGUCACAUGUAUACAUCCAAAUAGCAGAAGAGAACAUUGAAGAAAUUCGCGGCAAAAUGGCAUGA